CUCUCUCUCUCUCUCUCCCCACCGGCUGCCUGCCCGUCUUUACUGUAUUAUAUGUUGGCAGUAUUCAGGGAGUCAGCACCGGCAGAUCGUCAAACCAACAACAAUUGUAAUUUCCCAUUGGCUUCCAGUUCUUUGUGGAGCAGCUGCAACUGUUGGUGAAGAUAAUGAAGACAACAGACUAGUUUACUUCCAGAUUAGUGACAAUUUUACUUUUUAUUUUUAUUUUUUGCAUCAUGGCCAAUUUGUUUUGACGAGAAAAUCAAGAUUUCCUUCUGCAUGGAUGUAAUGCUGUUAGACCACAUACCUCUCUACUGAGCAUCUCUACAGCCACAAACCAGCCAUGAGGUCGGCUUUGCAAAGGGUAGCAGGCACCACAAUGAGUACUUUAACAACAGGUGUCCAGUAUCUUGGCUCAAACGACGCGAUCUACGACGACGCCUCCAUUGACUCCAGUCUAAUAAAGAACCGAUUCCACUUUGAGAAGCCUCACUCUGCCUCGAUUAGCAACUCCUUUCCCGGACUCGUCCCUGGAAAUAAGGAGGUCAUUUACAGUGGCCUCUCCCCCAUUUUCCCCACAAAUGUAACAGACUUUCUGCUGAUCAAUGGCACCUCUCUCAGUGGAGGGGUGGCACAGUGUGGGGAGGACUCUGUGGACAACAUGGAGUGUUUUAUGAUACUGACACCCGGUCAACAGCUUGCAGUCGUCAUCCUGGCACUCACCCUGGGUACAUUUACUGUGUUGGAAAACCUCAUGGUGCUGUGUGUGAUCCUACACUCCCAGACGCUUCGAUCUCGGCCUUCCUAUCACUUCAUAGGAAGCCUGGCUGUGGCUGAUCUAAUAGGCAGCAUCAUUUUUGUCUACAGCUUCCUGGAUUUCCACGUCCUCCACAGGAAGGACAGCCCCAAUAUUUUCCUUUUCAAGCUGGCCGGGGUCACUGCCUCAUUCACCGCCUCUGUUGGCAGUCUGUUUCUCACUGCGAUUGACCGCUACAUCUCCAUCCACAGGCCCAUGUCGUACAAACGCAUUGUCACAAAGACUAAAGCAGUGAUUGCCUUCAGUGUGAUGUGGACCAUCUCUAUCGUUUUCUCACUGCUGCCGCUCCUGGGGUGGAACUGCAAGCGUCUCAACUCUGUCUGCUCGGAUAUUUUCCCUCUAAUUGACCAGAAGUACUUGAUGUUCUGGAUCGGGAUGACAACUAUCUUGGUCUUGUUCAUCAUCUACGCCUACAUGUUCAUCCUCUGGAAGUCACACCACCAUGCUGUUCGCAUGCUGAGCCGCAGCUCCCAGAGGAGUGUAAUUGUCUACACUGCAGAGGGAACCAAAGUGCAGACGGUGAGGCCCGAGCAGGCCCGGAUGGACCUCCGUCUAGCUAAAACCCUGGUUCUGAUCCUGGUGGCCCUUAUCAUCUGCUGGGGCCCACUUCUAGCUAUCAUGGUUUACGACCUCUUUGGGAAGGUGGACGACUUCAUUAAGACUGUGUUUGCCUUUUGCAGCAUGCUCACCCUGCUAAACUCCACCGUGAACCCUGUGAUCUACGCCAUGAGGAGCAAGGACCUGCGCAGGGCCUUUCUCAACAUCUGCCAUAUGUGCCGGGGAACGACGCAGCCUCUAGACAACAGCGCAGAGAGUGACUGGAACAGCAGGAGUGUGAGAGCCACCGCGGGUGGGGCGGGGAAAGAUGGCGCCGGUUGUGGAAAGACUCAAGUAAAAGUAGCCCAGGUUACUGUUUCUGGAGUGACUGAGACUUCUACUGCAGAGCCAGUCUAAGAAAAAAGCUGCCCUGCUCUGGUAUAACUGUGAAGUUAUUGUAGAAUAGCCCACUAGUGCACUGCAGGUUUCUGUUAAUGUGAAAUGGGCAAAAAAAGACUUAGAAACAGAACUGAAGAGUUUUUGUUGCUUUUAAGCUGAAAUCUGUAAUAGUUAUAUAUUAUUAUAACCAGCUGUGUGGUAGAGUAUAGUCACCCUGACCAUCCUCUAAAGCGUUGUGAAAGAAGGUCCGCCAAGUCUACACAGCAUUCCGGGAUGGGAGAAAAAUGUGCUCUGGUUUAUUGGUAUUUCUCUAAACCAAUCACAAUCGGCGCUCAGCACCGUACACAGGUAUGGUGUGGUGUCUGUGCAAAAUAGCCUUGGGAAGGUACUUGUUCUUGUUGAACAUGGGCAUGUAGGGAGGCGAGUUCUGGAAUUAAAAUGGCUGUUGAGUGCGUGAUAAGAAUUUUAUUUAAAAAACAUAAUAUAAUUUCAUUUUCAAUUUCAUAAAUUCUAGUUUGGAGGAUGUUCCUGAAUCGAGUUUAGAAUAACAACACAAAUAAACCGGAAGGUCAGGAACAUCUGGCAGAAUAUGAGGGAACAAAACCACCGGUUUAUAACCUCUGGUUGUCGAUAUAGACUAGGUGCAGUGUGAAGAGACUCUACAGUGCAUUAUCUCUUUACUUUGUUUCGGAAAAAUAGGUUGGUAAGUUGCACAAUCUGAUUGACAAUGCCAAUUUGACCUUAUUUCAUUUAGUAAACAAUAUUGUCGUACCAGUUUUUUCUGCAACAACAGUUAAAGUUACAGAUGUCAGCUUUAAGUUAGAAAAUAUGGCACGUCCUGUCUUUUUCACACUAUAGCAAUAUUGUGGCAGUAAUGCAAGUUGAAAAUGUGUCUCUCUUCGUGUAAAUGUCAGUUUCCAAUGACAUUUCACUGCUUGUAAGUAAAAUCAGCAUCCCAUGAGUGAUUUAAAAUCAGCUAUUGAUGAUUUUGUAAGACCAUGAUAUUGUAAGAUUUGGCAUUUUUAUGUUAUUUUACUAUGUUUUUUUGUUUUUUAAACUUGUACUUUGUAAAGCAAAAUGAUGAGGCAACUUUGAAUAUGAAAAGCUUUUUGAAAUUUAGUCUGUAGUGAUUUGGGAAUGUUACAUUGCUGCUUAUUUCACAUGUGCUUAGAAAACCGUUACAGAAUUUUGUGAGAAGCUAUACAGCUUUGGUAUUGCUGUGAAGCCUCCAUUGUGCCAUUGUGUCUCAAAACAGUAUGUAUAAGCAAGGACAUGUAUUCAAUAAAUCUAUGAAAUGUGUCUAUUUCAUCAUACUUUUGUCAACAUAUCUGGUGUCUUUCUUUCUCUAUAUAACAAUAAAAUCUCAGCAAACCCUCA